UUUAGUGUUUUACUUCAGACCUGCACAAACGAAAUAGCUUUGUGUGCAGUUUCAAUUAAACGAGGGAAUACAAAAGAGAGACACCGACGUUGCUUUGUAAAGGCAGCGGAUUAUUUUUCCAUCGCCAUUUUCUGGCAUCUGACAGACACCGGUACGAUGGACACCGACUACUCCGGCUUUGAAAACCCUCUCUUCAGCGAUCUAAAAUAUUUCUGUAAGAAAAUACAGGAGGCUUAUAACGAAUUAAAGGAAGAUUUGACACCUUACCGCGAAGACCGGUUUUACAGGCUUGCCCCUAUGCGGCUCUACACACUCUCCAAAAGACACUUUGUUUUGGUUUUUGUGGUGUUCUUGAUCUGCUUUAGCCUCACAGUCUUUAUUGGUAUAGCAGGUCCCAAAAUCCUUUCAGAGACUAAAUACAGUGGAGAUAAACUGCUGGCUAAAAAUCAUGACAUAAAGACUGGGCCCUUCAUCCUGAAGUCCCCGCCCCUCUCCACUUACAACCAACAGCUGUGGCUUACCUGUGUGAUGCAAGUGGAGCACAGUAAUGUGGUGGAUUUUAGGCAGUUCUUUGAGAUCAACGUAGAGCUGAAGGGAGUGUUGCAGGAUGCCAGCGUCAUGCACGUGAGAAACAAUGUGCACCAGAAAUCCCGAACACUGCACUGUGGCAAUAAGUGUGAUGAGAUUAUUGUGGUGCACCUGGGUUAUCUAAACUACACACUGUACCAAGUCAAUGUAACCUUCAAAGGACUGGAGAACAUCACCUAUGAGGUCAACGUAAAUUUCAUGUGGAAGAUGUAUAAUCCCUCAUUCUCUCAGGUGGAGAUUUGGUUCCGCUUCGUCUUUGUGGUGUUAACCUUCGUGGUGACGUGCAUGUUUGCUCACUCUCUGAGGAAGUUCUCCAUGAGGGAUUGGGGUAUUGAGCAGAAGUGGAUGUCAAUUUUGCUGCCUCUCUUGCUGCUUUAUAAUGAUCCGUUUUUCCCGCUCUCAUUCCUGGUGAACAGCUGGUUUCCGGGUACUCUGGAUGCAUUCUUCCAGGCCCUCUUCCUGUGUUCGCUUCUGCUCUUCUGGCUCUGCGUCUACCACGGCAUCCGGGUUCAGGGUGAGAGGAAGUGCCUGACAUUUUACUUGCCCAAGCUGGUGGUUGUUGGCUUCCUAUGGCUCUCAGCAGUGACCUUGGGGAUAUGGCAAACGGUCAAUGAACUAAAGGACCCUACUUAUCAGUAUAAAGUAGACAUCGCCAACUUCCAGGGCAUGAAGAUCUUCUUCCUGGUGGUAGUGACCCUGUACAUCCUAUAUCUCAUCUUCCUCAUUGUCCGAGCCUGUUCUGAGCUCAAGAACAUGCCUUAUACAGAUCUCCGGCUGAAGUUUCUGACCACGCUGACAUUUGUCGUACUGAUAAUAAGUAUGGUGAUACUUUACCUGAGGUUUGGCUCCAAGGCUUUGCAAGACAACUUUGUGGCUGAGUUGUCAACCCAUUACCAGAACUCAGCUGAAUUUUUAUCUUUCUAUGGAUUACUCAACUUUUAUUUGUACACGUUAGCAUUUGUGUAUUCACCCUCAAGAAAUGCCCUCUAUGACUCCCAGUUGAAGGAUAAUCCUGCAUUCUCCAUGCUCAAUGACUCGGAUGAUGAAGUCAUAUAUGGGAGUGACUAUGAAGAGAUGCCAUUGCAAAAUGGCCGGGCCAUCAAAGCAACAGCCAAGUACCAGGGGGAGAGCGAGAGCGACUGAACCUUAACCGAAGUAGUGUCACUCACUGCCCUGUGAUCUAGGUGGAAUCAUUGGAUAGAAUAUACACUGAGUUAAGCACCAUUUGUAAAUAAGGAACGUUUGCAUUAAUAAUGCAAAUAGAAUCAUACUGUAACUGUGCAUAAAUAUAUUUUUAAACAGAAAAACUGAAAUUGCAUAUUCUGAAUGUAAAUUGAAACAAAUGAAAGGUAUGCAGGUGUGGGCAGACAUUUUUGUUUUUGUCAUUUCAUACUUUAACUCACUGAGCACAUUAGAGGGAUUUCAAAUAGCCACAUCAAAACAAUGAUUCUGUUCUGAAACAUUUCUUCAUGUAAGGGUGAAAAGUAAAAGGGAAGUGUGCCAAUAUUGAUCAUAGGAUUUAUUUAUACAGAAAUAGAAUGUAAUUUUUAUUAAUGAUAAACCACUACAGCAUAUUUUUCAAUUUUUUGGGGUUUGUUUGAAUGGUUGUAAAAGCAGUGGACAGACAGAAUUUACUAUUUUUGUUUAGUUUUUUUUACAUCCAGAGUACGAACCAGACACAUGCAUCUUGCACAUGCACGCAUCAUUCAACAUACUAAUACCCAUAGCUGUGAGGAAUAAUUACCCAACAACCCUCUGAUUUGUUUUACCUAGUAGUGAAAGGCUGAACUGGAGAAGUUGUAGGUAUCAGUUGUACCAAUCCUUUCUUUGCCAAUCCAUUCCUUUGUGAAGAAAAUAUGAUUGCACUCCUAGUGUCAGAAUUUUUUAUUUUUUUUGCUGAACAAUUAUGGCACUUGAUACCGUAUUGUUAUUACUUACAGUUUACAGGUUUUUGUUUCCUAGUUUUCACAUUCCUGAAGCAAUUAAUUAGAGGAAUUUUACCUUUCUACUUGUUUUCAACAUGUUGGUUCCUCUGCUUGGAAGUUGUGGUUUUGUGAUGUUGAUUUCAUGUGAUUUGGAAAUAUCUUUUCCCAUGGAUUCUUUUGUUAGGGGUGGCUAAAGUUUCUUCACUCAAAAAGAAAAGGUUCUUGGAGGGUUGGUUGGGGGUUCUUCACACAAACUGUGGGGAACCUCAAUAAGUUUUCCAAGAACCAGUUUUUAAAUGGUAAUAACCUUUUGGGGUAGAUAGGUUGUUCAUAUGGUGCUUUGAGUAGUUCUUUACAAUACCCUUGCCUUUUUUCCAUGAAGAACUUAAUAGGAGUUUCCCCACAGUUUAAAAGUAAAGGAUACUCCAAGAAACUUUUCUUUUUAGAGUUUUAUGAAGUUAAAGACCUAAUCGAUUAAUUUUUCAUGACUUCAUUCAGGUAAAAAACAAUUAAAUUUUCCUUUAAUACUUUAGAUUUUGAUUGUAAUGUAAAAUGUGACUUGUGAAACAUUGAAUUAAUUAUUUCUAACAGCAUAUUUAUGCAAUAUUACCAAAUAACAUUAUUGCUCAUUGUUUACUUUGAUUUCAGUUCUGUACUCAAUACCCUGAUGCAGUUAAGUUUCGAAGACAGGCACAUCACUAACAAAUUGUUGUUUUCUGUCUAAACCAAAUUGAUGAUCUGAGGUGCAUUCAGUUUGCUUGAACAAUUGCUACGUUCCAGAACAAUUAGUAAUUAACUGAACUUUUGCACCAAACAUUAUUUUAAGGCACACUUACAGUUUGGUCAAUGUGGUUUGAAGAAAUGAGUGACGGACAGUAUUUAAUUGGUCAUACCCACAAUCCCAACCCUCCCCUAUUUCAAACUGGUUGCUCGGAACAUCACUGUUUCUGUUCCUUUUCAGAAUGCAUAUGCUAACUGAACACAGCUCUGUUUCUUUUAAAGACAAAAUAUCAAAUACUGAUUCUCUAGAAAUGUAUUGAAAUAAAGAUUGUGCCUUUUUUUUCACUUUGUACUUUUAAGGUCAGGGGUCUCCUCCAAAACUGACCGAAGUCUUAAAGAACACUUGUUCGGGGAUGUGAAUGUUUGUGAUGGAGAUUCUUUACAUAGCAAUGUUUUUUUGGGAAGUAUUUAUUUUAAAGUUUGAGUAAUAAACAUGAUUUUGUGGUGGGGACUGUUUCUUUAGACUAAAUUAGUAAAGCAUCCCUAUUUUCAAGGACUGAGCAGCACUUUGUAAAUACUGUAUCAUGUAAAUAAAGCACUUAUGUAUUGGCAA